GAAACUUAGAUUUGUUUCUGACCACUGAUAACGGCGCGCAACCAAUAGUGGGUCGUCGCGCGUGGUUGUUUUGUUAGUCCUUUUUUGGUAGUUUCGUUUCACUAUGAACGGGAAAAAUGGGGCUGGUGAUAAAAAUGAGUGUUCCCCUGGCACAUCAUGUGAGUCUAACACCGAAUCGUCAGAUAUGACUUCAAAGGACUACUAUUUUGACUCGUACGCGCAUUUCGGAAUUCAUGAGGAAAUGUUAAAGGAUGAAAUCAGAACACUCACCUAUCGCAGUGCUUUAAUUCACAACAAACACCUCGUAAGAGAUAAGGUAGUGCUUGAUGUUGGUUGUGGGACUGCCAUCCUCUGUUUGUUUGCAAUUAAAGCUGGAGCCAAACAUGCUAUUGGAAUUGAUUGUUCCAACAUCAUUGACCGGGCAAUGGAAGUCGUGCGAGCUAACAAUAUGGCGGACCGUAUCACUCUGAUCAAAGGUAAAGUAGAAGAAGUGGAACUACCUCCGGAGUACCCCAAGGUCGAUAUAGUCAUAAGUGAAUGGAUGGGUUAUUGUCUUUUUUACGAGUCAAUGUUGAAUACUGUUAUUUAUGCCAGAGACAAAUGGUUGGCACCUGGUGGCAUAAUUAUGCCUGAUCGUGCAACCCUGUAUGUGUGCGCUAUCGAAGAUAGACAGUACAAAGAUGAAAAAAUCAACUGGUGGGACAGCGUGUACGGCUUUGACAUGAGUUGUAUAAGAAAAGUUGCACUUACAGAACCUUUGGUUGAUGUUGUUGAUCCUAACCAAGUUGUGACUAAUUGCUGUUUAGUCAAGGAAGUGGACAUGUAUACCAUCACGGUUCCCGAAUUGACAUUCAGUGCACCAUUUACACUUACCUGCAAAAGGAAUGAUUAUAUUCAAGCCUUGGUUACGUUUUUCAACAUAGACUUCACUUCUUGCCAUAAACCUACAGGAUUUUCAACAGGUCCUGAUGAGCGCCGCUACACACAUUGGAAACAAACAGUUUUUUAUCUCGAUAAUGGCGACGAUGACUGUCUAACUGUCAAGAAAGGAGAACAUAUCAACGGUGUGAUGUCUAUUAAACCGAAUGAACGAAAUAACGUGAGUUGAUUUAAUUUUAGAUUAUAACUGUUAAUGUUAUUUUUCUGAGUCCCGUAGUAUUGUACCUCCAUCAAACAAUGCGUCACACUUGUAUAUUUUUCAACAUCAUCAGGAAAUAGUGAACAGAUUUAUUCAGCAUUAUCGAUCAUAAUAUAAUUUCUGAUGAUUUCAUAUUCAUUCUGAUUCAGUGUGCUUAUGAUGUCUGAUUUACUGUGGACUAGAAAGGGUUUGAAAUAAUAAUGUACUGAAGAUACUUUUCAACGUAUAAUGAAAUAUUUCACUACAUGUAUCAAUAGUCACUUCAAAACCGAACAAUAGUGCUUAUCUAACAAGUAAGAUGUAUAAGCAGAUAAAUGAAAUAAACAAUUCACACUGCUACAGUUGAUUCUCUAUUCACUUUAUACUUGUCAUACUUACUGUCUAAUAUUUUUGUUUGUGGUAAGCUCAAAAAUGCCAUUCGUCAAGGGGGAAUUGUUUUGCUUGUUUAUUCCUUAUUGUAGCGUGAUCUUGAUAUCAACAUCAAAGUAGAAUUCGUAGGAGAACUUUCGUCGAUCGACAAAAUGUUUAACUAUCGUAUGCGCUGAUUUGUCGCCCAAGAUGGUUUGAAUUGGAUCGUAAUCAAAACUUAAAAGAUCUAAUUUCAAAAUCCUUGCCUUCAAUGUAUAACCUCAUUUUGAACAGCAUUUAAUUGUUUUAAUCCGCUAGAUUUAUCAGGGCAUUUUCUUCGCUCUUAUGAAUUCGUUUCCCUGUGUGCGUGUAUUAUUCCGUAUUACUUUGUUUUUAUGGUGGAUUUUUCAAUAAAAUAGAUAAAUGACUUUCGUUACGUCUCAUUUCAUGUAGAAAACCGAGCAUUCUUUUUUGUACCAUACGCGUAUUUGUUGUAACAUGCAAUACGACAGGUUGUGUAGUGUUCUGGACACUUCAACGUAAGAUAAAAUUCGUCCCUUAGUUAUUAUUAGUAUGACAUAACGCGUAGCGUUAUUUAUGUAUAUGUAUGCGAAUGUGAUAUGGCUUAAGUUAUUACUGUUUCCUUCAAAAUUACCCAAGGCGAUGCUAUGUUGGCUGCUAGCAGGCACUGUAAUUUACUAAGCCUUUGA